CGAAGUUUCUAAUGCACUACACUAUACAUAUAUAUAAUACUGAUCUCGUAUCACUAACACUUUGAUUUUAUUAACUCGAGAGUAUUCAACUUUCUUUGUUUAAUUUCUCAUUAAAGUCAGAACGGUGUCGAAUUUCAACUCUUGAGAUAUCCCGGUGUACACAACACCACGUGAUUUUUUAGUACAAAUAUCCACCACCAUGGCAUCACAGUACGUCGAAACUUGGGUGCACAAAUUGAAUUCACUCAUUUGUCUAGAUGUUGAUUGUUUUCAAAAAUUAAUUGUUUCUGACCAACAGUUGUAUUAAUGUAAUCAAAAUAUUGAACAAUAAUUAAAUAAGUUUUCGAAUUUUGGAAGGUAAACGAUUGAUAACAGUUAAAAAAUGUAAUUAAAUAAAUUUUCUUGACACGGAUCUGUCUUGCAAACUGUUCCAAGUCUGACACAAUUAUUUAAUAAAUUCAAUCAAUGUUACAUUAUCAAUUUAAAUGAACGAAGAGGCAACAAAAAAUGAUUUCAGUCAACUUUAUCGUGUUAAGAAACCUCUUCUAUUGAGAACUGUCAGCUUUUAGUUUGAUCCUAUUUAAGCGGUUUGUAGGUAUCUUAAUAGAAGUCAUCGAUUCAGUCCAAGUUUCUCGCUUUUGUUGAAACAAUCAAGUCUGCGAUGGACAUUAUCGAUAUGGCCAACAGUGGACCCAGAAAUCUAGCAUACUACGGUCUAAGCCAGCAAAUAGACUUUGAUUUACUACCAAACCCAACUGAACGCUUUGAUCUUGAAGAUGUAAUUGGAGAAGGCACGUAUGGGGAAGUCUAUUCUGCAUUUGACCAUCAGAAUAAUACAAGAGUCGCAGUGAAAAUACUGGAAAAUAUUGCGGAUAACAUUGAAGAAAUCGAAGAGGAAUAUUUGAUUUUGAAAGAUUUGAGUUCUCAUCCAAAUAUUCCUAUUUUCUUUGGUUUAUUCUUAAAGAAGGCUGAACCUUCUCACGAAGAAGAUCAACUAUGGUUUGUUAUGGAGCUUUGUACUGGUGGUUCUGUUACGGAUCUCGUGCAAGGACUGAAAAAACGUGGAAGCCGUUUGACUGAUCAUCAAAUCGCUUACAUAAUUCGAGAAACUGUAGAAGCAUUGAUUUAUUUACAUGAAAAUCAUUGUAUGCAUCGCGAUGUAAAAGGUCAUAAUAUUUUAUUAACAGAAGAGGGAAAUAUAAAAUUAAUCGACUUCGGUGUUUCUUCUCAUCUUUCAAUGACUUUAGCGAGAAAAAAUACAUCUGUAGGAACUCCAUAUUGGAUGGCUCCAGAGGUAAUUGCAUGUGAACAACAGUUAGACUCAUCAUAUGAUUGUAGAUGUGACGUGUGGUCGAUUGGAAUUACUACAAUUGAAUUAGCUGAAGGUGAUCCACCAUUAUCAGACCUUCACCCAAUGCGAGCUUUAUUUCAAAUACCUCGCAAUCCUCCACCAAGUUUAAAAAAUCCCGACUUACACUCACCCCAAAUGUCUGAUUUUAUUGCUGAAUGUCUGGUAAAGGACUUAGAACAUCGACCUUUUGCAAGUGAGCUACGAGAUCACCCGCUACUUAAUGAUAUCGAAAGUAUAAUACCUCAAAUAAAAAUAGAAUUACAAGAAGAAAUUCAGAGGCAGAGAUCUGCUGGUCGGGUUCGUAGACAAGUAGAAGUAACAACGAAACAUGGAAAAUUGAAGAUGGAUCGUAAAGCUCAACCGAAAAAAAUGUAUUUUGAUGAUUUAGCAGCUCUGGAUUCUUUUACUGAAGACACUGUUGUUAGUCAAUUAGAAAAUAGGUAUGAAGAAGGUCAUAUUUAUACUUAUAUUGGUGACAUCCUGGUAGCAGUAAAUCCUUUUACAAAUCUUGGACUGUAUACUGGCCUAGAACAACGUCGAUAUAAAGGCCAAGCAAGGUCAGAUAAUCCACCACACAUAUUUGCAGUGGCAGAUGCAGCGUAUCAAGCUUUACUCCAUCAGAGACAGAACCAGUCAAUUAUCAUUAGCGGAGAAUCUGGAGCUGGCAAAACUGAAAGUGCUAAUUUAUUACUUAAACAGUUGGUCUACUUAAGUAAAGCACCAAAUCGUAAUAUCGAAGAACAGAUUCUUCAAAUCAAUCCAAUAAUGGAAGCUUUUGGAAAUGCUGCCACUGGAAUAAACGCUAACUCAUCAAGAUUCGGGAAAUUUUUAGAUUUAACCAUGACUAAAGGUGGAAAAGUUACAGGAGCAAGAAUGGCAGUCUAUUUAUUAGAACAAACACGAGUCGUUGCUCAAGCAGCUGGAGAAAAUAACUUUCAUAUUUUUUAUUAUAUGUAUGAUGGUCUUAAAGAAGAUGAUCGCCUGAGUGAAUUUUAUUUAGACUACUCUUCACGUAAUUCUCAUAAAUAUCUACAAGGAACCAGCGAAUUUUCACAGUCUAAUGUUGAUAAGUUCAAUCAAAUAAAGAAAGGAUUUAAAGUAAUAGGUUUUCAGGAUACUGAAGUUGAUACAGUUUAUGCAGUAUUAGCUGCAAUACUUCAUUUGGGUGAUAUUGAAUUUGAAGAAAUGACUGAAGAUAACAGCGAUAAUAAAAGUGUUGUUGUGGACAUGACUCCGUUAAAUAAAGUAUGUCAUCUUCUAGGAUUUGAAUCUGCAGAUUUAAUGGAAACCCUCACAUCAAUUUCAGUCGUAACACGAGGCGAAACAAUAACGCGAAAUAACACAGUAUCAGAAGCGCAAGCCACAAGAGAUGCAAUGGCUAAAGGUCUCUAUGGUCGUCUAUUUGAUUGGUUGGUUAACCAAAUCAAUUGUUUGCUCAGUUUCACUCGUGCUACUAAUUACGAACCUUUAGCAAUUGGUUUACUUGAUAUUUUUGGUUUUGAAAAUUUUCCAAAAAAUUCAUUCGAACAACUGUGUAUUAAUAUCGCCAAUGAACAGAUUCAAUACUACUUUAAUCAACAUAUUUUCACUUGGGAGCAACAAGAAUACAUGGCAGAAGGAAUUCCAGUUGAUUUAGUUGAAUUUUCUGAUAAUAGACCAGUGCUUGAUAUGUUAUUGAGCAAACCAAUGGGACUUUUAGCUUUAUUAGAUGAAGAGAGUCGUUUUCCUCGUGCUAAUGACAAGUCACUAAUUGAAAAGUUUCAUAACAAUAUUAAAUCUAAAUUUUAUGUUCGACCUAAAUCUGAUGCCAUUUGUUUUGCCAUUCAUCAUUUUGCUGGUCGAGUAGUUUAUCAAGCUGAAGGGUUUUUAGAUAAAAAUCGUAACUUCCUUCCUCCUGAAGUUAUUCAACUUGUCAGACAAUCUCAAUCAGACAUGAUUCGAUUCUUAUUCCAAUGUCCUAUUACAAAAACUGGCAAUUUAUAUUCCGCAACACAUGAUACUGGAUCAAGAAAGAUCCAUUCUAAUCAGAAUACAAAAGAAAAAUAUUCAAGUCGAGCUUUGGCUUCACAAUCAAGAGUUCAACAGACCGUUGCUACUUAUUUCAGAUAUUCAUUAAUGGACUUACUUCAGAAAAUGGUAACUGGAUAUCCACAAUUUGUAAGAUGUAUCAAACCGAACGAUUCUUCCAGUCCAAGACAUUUCGAUAAAGAGAAAGUUAUCAAACAACUACGUUGCACUGGAGUUCUAGAAACUAUCAGAAUUCGUCAGAAUGGAUUUUCUCAUAGAAUACCGUUCGGAGAUUUUCUUAAAAGAUAUUGCUUCUUAGCUUUUGCCUAUGAUGAACGCGUUGUUGCAAAUCGAGACAAUUGUCGUCUGCUUUUAGUAAGAUUGAAAAUGGAUGGAUGGGCACUUGGUAAAACGAAAGUAUUUUUGAAAUAUUAUCAUGUAGAGUUUUUAUCAAAACUUUAUGAGGAACAAAUAAAAAUGAUCAUUAUGGUUCAAGCCUGCGUGAGAAGGUGGCUUGCAAAAAUUCAUUAUAGGAAAGAAAAGUGGAGAGUUGCAUGUUCAGUUGUAACUCUCCAACGUCAUAUUCGUGGCUGGCUAGCCAGAAGAAGGACUAUUUUGCAACUAACUAACAAAGAAAGAGUUGGCACGCCUAUUGCAGUAGCUGAGGAUGAAGCAAAAGGAAUUCAAGCUUUGAGAUCGCGUGAUGGAAAACUAUCAAAAGAAAAUUCAAUAACCAACAUCGAACAAAGCUUGCUUGCUGAUAAACAGAUGAAUGUGGAUAAUGCUGCUGUUAUUAUUCAAAGUCAUUUCAGAGGGUACACAAUUCGUAAAAAAUAUGGUUGUGAAUUGGAAGAACGUUUCAAAGAAAUAUUAAACCAAUAUACUAAUAAACGAGAAGCUCGAGAAGCUUUGAUUCGUGAAGGAUUGAGCAAAGAAGACGCUGUAUUUAUUGUUCACAGGUGGUAUAAAAGAGAAAUGCGAGUGAAAGAAGAUUCGAUCGAAAACGAUCAAGUUCAUCCGAAAUUACGACAAGCUGAUUUAAUUCAAUUUUCUCAAAAUGUUCAUAUGAAAAACCAAGAUGUUCAUAAGAAUCUUCGUCGUAACAAACCAGGAGUUAGAUUAACAGAUAUUGAUGAUCCACCACCGGAUUAUGUACGACCAGAAGGCUUUAAUAUGGUACAUACAAUCAUGCAGUAUCGUAAUGAUAGUCAAACAGGAGAUGACGACACUGUAAAAUACUACCGUGAUUUGAAAGAUGAAAUGAGCAGUGGUUCGGACUUCGAAGAAGACGAAGCUGGCUGGGACUCACCGCUGAUACAGCUAGAAAAUGACCUUCACCCAUCGGCGAACAAUCGCCAUCAGAAUCAGGUUCUCGAAGUGAGAUCAGAACGACAAGAUCGGGUUGCUGCUCAAGAUUACACAAUAGCUCCAGAACAACAGCUUUCCGACAUUUGGCACAAAGCUCUGAGAAAUCCGCAAAUGACAUCUGGAGACGAAAAAUCUGGAAAUUCUAUAAGAGGAAUAAUGGGAAACUUUCAGUACAAGGAUUAAAGAAUUGUACAAUAAUUUCGUGCAAACCAAUUUGUUCAUCUUUAUCAUGUGAUGAGGAAGAUUCAAAGAUCCGAAUAUCAACACUUCAAAUAGUGUAUGGAUCAUGUCCAGCAUUGGUUACAGCAGUG